AUGAGGGAGAAAGAAAUGCCUUUCUCUGAAACGACGCCUCUGCUGGAGGUCCAUGUCGCCCCGCAGCGGCAUCGGUACCCGCAUCACACUCUACGUCGGACAUGUACCUUCAUGCUCUGCACGCUGCUAGUAGUCGCCAUCGUCCUAUUCAUGAUCCCCACCGCUAUCCUGCCGCGAGAGCAUGGUUCGAUUUGGUCCUAUGCCCCUUGGGCAAACCCAUACCCUCAUGACGCCUGGCCGCAGGGCUUCGGUCUUACAUUUGACCAGCUCCAAGAGGUCGUCCUUAACACACCUUCGGCGGCCAAGGCCAAGCAGUGGAGCGAGUACUAUACGGCCGGCCCCCACCUGGCGGGAAAGAACUUCAGCCAGGCCCUGUGGACGCUGGAGAAGUGGAAGGAAUUUGGCAUUGAGGACACCACCCUCUCGACUUAUGACAUCUAUCUGAACUACCCAUUAGAGCACCGUUUGGCUCUGCUUAAGAAGUCGGGAAAUAAAACAGAGGUCACAUUUGAGGCUACUCUCGAGGAAGAUGUAUUGGAAGAGGAUCCUACCUCUGGACUGCCUGAUCGAGUCCCCGUUUUCCACGGGUACUCGGCCACUGGCAAUGUCACCGCCUCUUAUGUGUAUGCCAACUUCGGCACAUACAAGGACUUCGAGGACCUUGUGAACGCCAAUAUAACCUUGGAAGGCAGGAUCGCCAUCGUCAAGUACGGUAGAAUCUUCCGCGGUCUGAAGGUCAAGCGCGCGCAGGAGCUUGGUAUGGUGGGUGUGAUCAUCUAUAGUGACCCGCAGGAGGAUGGCGAGAUCACGGAGGAAAACGGUUACACGGCCUACCCCGAUGGUCCCGCGCGCAAUCCCAGUGCCAUUCAGAGGGGUAGCACACAGUUCCUGAGCUUUCUCCCCGGUGACCCCACAACACCAGGGUAUCCCUCCAAGCCAGGAUGCGAGCGCCAGGACCCGUACAACUCCAUUCCCUCCAUCCCCUCCCUGCCCAUCUCCUACAAGGAGGUGUUGCCGCUCCUUAAGGCUCUGAAUGGGCAUGGUCCGAAGGCUACUGACUUUAACAAGUGGUGGCAAGGAGGCGGUCUGGGCUAUAAGGGUGUGGGGUAUAACAUUGGUCCCUCGCCCGACAACGUUGUCAUCAACUUGGACAAUCAGCAGGAAUACGUCACCACGCCCCUGUGGAAUGUUAUUGGCGUUGUCAAGGGCCAUAUCUCCGAUGAGGUUAUUGUCCUUGGUAACCACCGCGACGCCUGGAUUGCUGGUGGCGCAGGUGAUCCGAACAGUGGAUCUGCUGCCUUGAACGAGGUCAUUCGCAGCUUUGGCGAGGCCAUGAAGGCCGGCUGGAAACCCCUGCGUACUAUCGUCUUUGCCAGCUGGGACGGCGAAGAGUACGGCCUGCUCGGCUCGACUGAGUGGGUGGAAGAGAACCUUCCUUGGCUGUCCAAGGCCAAUGUCGCAUACUUGAAUGUCGAUGUUGCCGCCGCUGGAACCGACUUUGGUCCUCGCGCCGCACCGCUUCUGAACCAGGUCAUCUACGAAGUGACCGGUCUUGUGCAAUCCCCCAACCAGACCGUUCCCGGUCAGACGGUCCGUGACGUUUGGAAUGGUAAGAUUGCGACCAUGGGCAGUGGCAGUGAUUUCACUGCAUUCCAGGACUUUGCCGGCAUCGCGAGUCUGGACUUCGGAUUCGGCCGUGGCGCCAAGGACCCCGUGUAUCACUAUCACUCGAACUAUGACAGUUUCGCGUGGAUGGAGAAGUUUGGCGAUAAGAACUGGGAGUACCACAUCGCCACCACCAAGCUCUGGGCUCUGGCGGCUGCCAAACUCAUCGAAACCCCGGUGAUCUCCUUCAACGCUACUGACUAUGCUCUGGGACUGGGCUCGUAUCUCAACAAGGCCAAGUCAACUGCAGACACUCUGCCCGAUGACCAGAAGUUUGACUUCUCUGAUCUGGACCUAUCGAUAUUCGAGUUCCUCGAGGCAGCGCAAAAGCUUGACACCUGGGCUGCUGGCCUCAACUUGAAGCUCGGCCAAAAGAUCCCCUGGUAUCACUGGUGGAAGAAAGUCAAGCUUCUCUUCCAGGUCCGGAUCACCAACGACAAGUAUAAGGGCAUCGAGCGUGCGUUCCUGUACGAGCCCGGCCUUGACGGCCGCAGCUGGUUCAAGCACGUUGUCUUCGCGCCGGGACUCUGGACCGGCUAUUCGGGAGCCACCUACCCCGGACUGGUGGAGAGCCUUGAAGCCGGAGAUGUGGAGAACGCCAAGGUAUGUGGUCCUUUUAACCCUCCAAAGUAUCUUUUUGACGGGCCCCAUCUUGCUAACCGCUUUCUUCUCGCCUUGCAGAAAUGGAGCAAAAUCAUCCAGGAAAGGAUUGGAGCCGCAGCCAAGCUGCUCGAAUAG